AAAAACACGCCGUCUUGACGUACUAUACCGCGAUCGAUGAAUCAUUCAUUAUUCAUAUAUGUAUAUGUGUUGUGCAAUUACCGAUGAUCCGUUUCACGCAGUUGUACGAUUGCAAGACGCAUUACAAUGUAACACAUCGAAAUAAUAAAAAUAGAAUAAAAUAAAGUAGCUGUUUGAGCACAAGAUUCAAACCCACGUAUACCUACAUGUAUGUAUAGUUGAUAAAUGUGCAAAUGUGCGUAUUACGUCAUGCAUCGUGUACACGGUGCCCCUACCAGCGUGGAACGGUCCGAUAUCGUCGCAUCCACUCUCUCCCGACCGACAGCCUGUUGGCUUCUUUCCGUGCAGUGUACAAGUAACCGUGACGGUCGCUGCCACCGCGCGCCGAACAUCACAUAAUACACAUAAAGUAUCUUUCGAUUAUCGUCUCAUCGGCGCGCACGUGUUGUACCGUACACGUAUAUGUACAGAAGGAUGUCGAGCGAGCCAGAAAAAACCACCCGGUUCACCAUGGAGGACGCGACUGCCGUCGUGAACGAGUUGUCUUGCUUCGAGGAGGCAAAGGUGAUCGGGUUCGAGCUCAAGCCGUUCUCCAGCGAGACCCUCGGCUACCUGGGCCGCCACGAGAUGCUGCGCGUAGAGGCGCGCGAGCUCCACGACAAAGACAAGGACGCGCCGAGCACGAGGAGCCUGACUUUCUUCGUUAAGUCCAAGGUAGCCGGUGCCAACGAGUUUGACGACGCGAUAUUCCGCGACGAGUCCAAGUUCUAUGAGGACGUGGUACCUAAGCUCCUCGAGGCUUACCGAUCGGAGCUCUGGGCGGCCAGGUGUCACCUGGUCAAGGAGGGCGGGGGGCUGCUGGUCCUGGAGGACUUGAGGGCCGGCGGGUACGAGGCGACGAAUCGACCGCUACGUACGAUCGAGCUGAGGUCCGCGAUAGCCAGUCUGGCGAGGUUCCACGCGACCUCGAUCCUCCUCGAGGCGAGGCUGGGCAAACCAUUGGACCAGGCGUAUCCUGGAUUCUUCGGGGAGAAGGUGUUCGUCAACGACGGUGGCUGGUCCUGGAAGUGGCUGGUCACCGGUAUGGAGGUGGCCGAGGACGUGGCCCGGGAACUUGGCCUCGACGCGUCCAGCGUACCGGCAGCCUACGAGUGGACGAUCGAGAAGGUGUUGCCCGAGAAACACCGAGGUAGAAACGUCCUGGUCCAUUGCGACCUCUGGUACAACAACCUGAUGUUCAGCGAGUCGGGCUCGCGGUGUAGGCUCGUGGAUUUUCAAAUGACGACGUACGCGUCGUAUGCCGUCGAUUUGGCGCAGAUUGUGUACUUGAACACGGGGGUGGAGGCCAGGCGGAGGACCGAGGCUCAGUUGAUCGGAUUGUACCACAGGGUGUUGGUGGAGACCCUCAGCGAGCACGGGUAUGCCGGCAAGCCGAUUUCUCUGGACGAAGUGGCGCGGGAUUUCGAGGACAAGAGGAUUUACGGAUCCGUGGUGGCGGUGCAGUUUUUGCCGAUCGUCCUGUGGGGCAAGGAGAUGGCUGAGAAAUACGCGAGUCCGGACACGGGGGCGUACCACAUGUACACGAGUAGGGUCGAGCUGGUGAGAUCGGCUAUGCAACGGGAUCGGCAUUAUCGUCGCAGGAUCGAAGAGGUCGUCCGAGAUUUGGUGGAGUGCGCGGAGGGUUGCCUGAAGAGUUGAUUUGGAUGAUUUUACAACGAGAGAUGCAUGUGUUCAGGGAUGAGUGAUUUUUCAACAGAUUUUACGUACGGGUACACUACGAUCAUGGUGCGUUGAAAAAUUUUAUUCUCACCCAAGCUUUGUUGAUACGAAAAUUAAUCAAUAAAUCGUUUCGUUACUUUCAACCAAAUCGAUCAUACGUGACGAUAAAAAUGUCAAAACUGUUAUUAAAAUUCCAAUUUGGUUUUUACUUUUUAUUAUAGGAGCCUCAGUAUAGUGAAAAACUAAAAAGAACCCAUAAACAAGUUUUAAUUCUGUAUAUGUAUUCAAAACACAUAAACAUUAAUGCGUAACCGAAACUUGUGAUUUUUCGCAAUUAUAUACAGUGUGGAGUAGCUUUUAUGAGUCUCUGUUUUAACAGUAUACGAUAUAUUUGUUUUGUUUAUUAUAAAAUUGUAUGUGUGCUGUGUAACGGAGUAAAAAUACAAAUAAACAUGGCAUUGAACGAUAAAUUGAAA